AUGGAAGCGCUCAACUUACCGCCACCCGUGGUUGACUGGCUGUUCAAAGUAACACAACCGUAUUACGAUGCCAGGACAACGUUCAGGGACGUGAUGUACACGUUAAGUGAAUUUCGCAACGUAAGACCUCGCACCAAAGUCUUCACAGACUCACAAGGAAAGACCCAGCUGUUGCUAUGUUUGUAUGGACGUUUUAGUAGCGAUCAGGUCCCUGUUUCCGUGCCAGUGUUAAUUUGGAUUCCAAGAGAGUAUCCAAUUUUGGCACCUUACAUCUUCGUGGAUUUCGACGCACUGCAAGACGAAAAAAUGGUUCCGGGAGGCAUUGUGGACUCUAGUGGACGUUUCCGAUUGCCCAUGUUGGAAUCUUGGAACCCAGAUUCCUGCAAUUUGCGAGAUUUGGCCUUUUUACUCAACUCCACAAUAAUGGAAAAUCCACCUUUUUUCAGGUUGGAGCCAGGAUUUGAGCAAAGUCCACCACUACCAAAACGUAUGGAUUUGCCAGAAGUGCCCGUCGCCAUAGGAUCCUCGGUAUUAGGGUCUGUUGAUCAAGUUAGCCAAUCCAUGGGCAAUGUCAAGCUCGAUGACGCAGCACCGGUAUUGCCUCCAAAACCUCCCUCCACAGCACCCUCUGCUGCACAAUCUACAGCACAUUCUACUGCGCAAUCUGUUCCUCCUGUCAUUCAACCACAACCUGAGCCAGAGCUUCCAAAUAUUAUGGAUCUUGACGCUAAUAGUCAACAGGUUUCGAGCUAUGACGAUGCAUUGAGCCGCUUGCGUCAUCUGGUCGCGGCUCUGGCGAAAGAAGACCGGGAAAAUGUCGCAGAAGCCUUACGCACGCGUAUGUUUGCGGUUCAAAACGCUACAGCCCAGUUCGGAAAUAUAUGUGAGCAAGAAAAGGCUGUGCUGGAUCAGAAAGAGGCCGCUGUAUCCGAAAGACAUGCUUCGGUCUCAAGUGGGUUGCGUUUGGUCCGUGAGCAACUCGAUAAGGCGCAGUAUUACGUGCAAAACUACGGGCCUGAGUGUGACUUGAGCUCGAUGCUUGUUCCCGAAGCUGCUGGGGUCAAACAACUGCGAAACCUAGUGGCUCAGGACCAUGCUGUGACAGACACCAUCAAUGCGCUUAGUAGACUGGCUUACCAGAACGUUUUGGCUCCUGAAGUCUUCUUGCGCAAAGUUCGAUCACUGGCGCGCGACCAGUUUAUGCUACGCCUUCACAUGAACAAUAUAACCUCAAGAGUCUCUAGCUAG